GCCCCGGGGAGGGGCACAGACCGCGGGGCGGGUUGUAACUGUUCUUCCGUCCCCAUUUCACCGGGAGCGGGGGUUUUUGUGAGAGAUUCUCGGGGUCACGGUGAGGACGAUUGAAACCUCCUUCUGGCGCUUUGUGGUUCUGAAGGGACUGUGGUUCUGUCAGCAUCAACUUCCCCUUUGAGAAGGACACAGAAGCUAGGAAAUUUGGGAAAAUAUACAGUGAUGUCUUGAAAAGAGUUCAUAUUACAUAAGAGGAGGCGUUUACGAUUUUGGAGAAGAAUUGUAGCUCUGGUUGUGGAUCAGAAUUCUUUGAUGCUGUCCCUAUAAGUUAACCACAUUUGAUCAGUAUGACAUUCAAGUUGGUGUUGCUAAGGCAUGGUGAAGGUGCGUGGAAUAAAGAAAACCGAUUUUGCAGUUGGGUUGAUCAAAGGUUGACUCCCAAUGGUAUAAAAGAAGCUCAAACCUGUGGAAAGGUCCUAAAAGAAGCCGGAUUUGAAUUUGAUCUUGUGUUUACCUCUAUUUUGAGCCGAUCCAUAGAAACUUCAUGGCUAGUUCUGCAGGAGAUGGAGCAAGAAUGGGUGCAAACUGAGAGCUCUUGGCGACUUAAUGAGCGCCACUAUGGGGCAUUAAUUGGUCUUAAUCGGGCAGAGUUGGCCUCAAUUCAUGGAGAAGAGAAAGUUAAGCUUUGGAGAAGAAGUUAUGAUAUCACUCCACCUCCUAUUGAUGAAUCUCAUUCGUACUUCCACGAAAUUUACAAUGAUCGAAGAUACAAUUAUUGUGAUGUUGCAAAAGAAAAACUACCGAAAGCUGAGAGUUUGAAGGAGGUUCUUGAUAGACUGCUGCCAUAUUGGUAUGAUGUAAUUGUGCCAGAAAUAAAAAAAGGGAAAUGCAUUCUAAUAUCAGCGCAUGGAAACAGUGCCAGGGCUCUUCUUAAACAUCUAGAAGGUAUCCCAGAUGAUGAAAUAGUUAAUGUGACACUGCCGACUGGGGUGCCAGUUCUUCUGGAAUUGGAUGAAAACCUUCAUCCAGUUAGACCACAUAGAUUUUUAGGCAAUCAGGAGGCCAUCCAGGCAGCUAUCAAAAAGGUGGAGGAUCAGGGCAAGGCAGCUGCUCCAGGAAAGAACAUACCUGUUUCUGCCAAUUAACUCUCAAUUAUUGACUUUGGAAGGGAGAUGUAGUUAGAAACCAUUUAAAAACUAUUUGGAGGAGAAGUUUAUUUUGUUUGGAACAUUCUGUAUAGAUCUGUUGCAGUUGGUGAGCAUGUCCUAGGUUUGGCACUGGUGAAAUAUGUUGAACUAUUAUUUGCUGCUUUGCACUGAUGUCUUAAUAAGGCUAAUUUAUUUAAAAAGCUAGAACUAUAUAGGUUUUCAUACACAGGAAGAUAGUUUUGUUAUUGUACCAAGGAUUCUUUAAGUAAAAUUUACAAGGCUGAAUUAAGAAUGUUAAUCAUAUUUUAUUAAGUGAGUUGUGAGAGCCCAGCUAUAUUAGUUCAGGUUUGCAGAAGGUGCGCUUUUCAACAGAUGAUAGGAGUUGCGCUGCUUAGAUCUGCAUCACAGGGAAGCUCUAAUUGCAGCUCAUUAACUGUAAAAGGUCACUUGAUUACAUUGGGCCUUGGAAAUUAUGAAGACAUGCCCCUCUGCUUGACAUGUCCCAAAAGUACAAAAUCUGAGCCUUAUCCAGUAUGCCAAUCAUUUUUCAAACAACCUUAGCAGAUCAUUUAUUAGGAAGAUAAAUUGUAUGUGCUAGAAUGAUUAUUUUCCUUGAACAGGAGUCGGGUAAAUUGAACAGAUUUUCUUGAUCUGAUAAGGUUCAAAUAGUUGAUUCAGAAAGAAUGGAGAGCGGUAAUAGGAAAAAAAGUAAUCAGUAAAGAUUUAUGGGUCCUGUAGGAAGCCUAAAAGUGACAGAACAUUUUAAGAUUUUCUUGAAGACAUUACUGGCAAAUAAGACAUUACAGUAUAAAAAAGUUUAUAUAUUGCAAUGUGCCACAUUUACUUAUUGAAGAAAAUAGAGAAGUGUCAAGAGCCCUUGCCUCCUUAGAUCUUAAUUGUGUAUUAAUUGCUAUUUGAAUCAAAUUAUCUGUAAUCUAAUUCCAACAGCAUCAAUGGAAAUUCAUUGAAAAGGCAGUGACCAUUAUGCAAUUUGAACAUGGAGUGCUCAGUAGUUGGUGAUGUAGAAAUCUUGAGGAAAUAAUACCUUGAAGUAUGGGAGAAUGCUACUGUACUGUACUGUAGAAAUAGCACCAUAGCAUUUUACAUUUGAGUUUACAAUAUCAAUUUGUUUUGAUUUUAUGAAGCUGUAUACAUUUUUUGAGUUUUAAGUAACUUCUCAAAUGGUUGAAAAUAGAAAACUAGCAAUUUUCUUUGUUAUUGUAUUAUAGUUAAAUUAGUUGAAGAUAAGUAUUCAUACCUCCUGUGUUUUCAGCAUCCAUGUUUCAGUUAAGUUUAGCUCAUGAAGUGCUGAGCUGUAUAGGUCAGGAUAGCCUUUGGAUUUGUUACUUCAUUUAUGUUGAGCUAACCCUUCUUGAUAGAGGUAAUUAUGGAGGGCGCACAUGCACACAUGCCUCGAUUGCCAUUUAGCAACCCAUGUUACAUUGUCUUGUUUUUAACAUAUACAUUGUAAGAGUCGAAAAGUAUGGCAUGAAAAAGCACAGCAGGUCAGGCAGCAUUUGAGGAGCAGUAGAGUUGACGUUUUGGGCAUAAGCCCUUCAUCAGGAAUGUCCAUUGUAACACUUGUUAAGGCUGGUUUAAGAUCAUUGAGCACUUGGAUGAAGAAAUGGAGGGCCAUUCAUGCUUGCUGAACUAUAACCGGCAAGUACUUAAUAUUUUUGGGACAGAAGUAUAAUGCAGACUUCAUUCUAUGAAGGAUGAAGAGCAACUCAAUGGAUAGCAGUGUAUUAACAAUGUACUUUAUCUUUGUAAUGUGGUGUACUUCAAAUCACAGAUGGAAAAGGAUGGAAGCCUGUAUUUUACUGUCAAUUGAAUUAUGUUACAGACAUAUAAGCUCCAAGGUGCCCUUUUCAUUGCUGUUUCAUUUACUGUAUGAACUGUUCACAUCAUGUCUACUGAAUAAAAGUAAAAAUAAAAAUUGAACAAUAAAAAUUAAUCAAUCUGAUGCAUAAUUGGAUAAAUAAUCCAACAAAUGAGAGUUAAAAUCUAACAAUGGCAGUUUGAAUAUUUAAAAUAUAGUUAGUAUAAGAAUCAGAUCAAUAUCAGUAAAAGUGACUAUUCGAGCUAUUGGGUUGAUAUUAAAAAUCCAAUUGAUUCAUCAACGUCUUUAAGGGAAAGAAUUCUGCCAUUCUUCCUAAUCAGGCCCAUAUGUAAAUGCUUCUGAAGUGGCCUGGCAAGCGUAACAGUUGAAUCUAACUACUGCAAAAAAAGUGGGAAUAGAACCAGAAACUAUACUGCAUGGACUAAAGUGGCUCAAGAAGAUCCAAUAAGGGUUAGACAAUAAAUGUCAUUCUUGCCAGGAUGUCCAGCUCCUGAGAAGAGUAUAAACAUGCAAUUUUAACAAUAUAAGUAUAACAACUGGCAUUUUUUAUAAAAUUGUAUUUCAGUAUUUUUAAUUUGGUUGAGAUAUAUAUGAUGGCUGUAUUAUCAAAACUAUUCAGUUUACUUCCGGUCUACAUUGCUGUUAUCUUCAGUAUAUUUUGUGGACACCAUUUAGAACAUUCAAUCUGAACAUAAUAUUUCAAUUAUUGCUUUGUCAUUUAUUGUAUAGUUAGUACAGUGUGCAAAAGUAUUGAAUAUAGUUAGCCUACCUUUUGAUGCUGUAGAAUAGCAUCAAAAUAGUUAUUACAGUUUGGUAUGUAUAAUAAAAAUAUGUAAUUGUAUUUUUAUAAUAUUGCAUUCACCAGAUGCAAUCUUUUGAAUAAUUUGUUACAUCUUCAUCAGUUAAAUGCUCAAAGGAAGUAAAUUUGAAAUUUCUUCAGGCAAGCUCAUUCUAAAUGUUAGAGGUUAACUACUAAAUUCAACCAUCCUUUACUCUGAAUGAGAAACCUAAUAGUUUAGACUGUAGCAAGUUGCUAUAAUAUUUUGACCUAUAUCUUGUUCCUUUGAGCACACCGGAAUUGUCAAAUUUACCCUUUUUUCUGAUUGUUAAAGACUGAGUUGAGAUUUUUUUUCUCAUGAUCAUUAAAUCUUUGCAGUCCUCUACCUCAAACAUGAGUGGAUGCUCAAUCAUUGAAUAUAUUCAAGACUGGGAUAGAUAUAGAUUUGGGCUUCAGAGAAAUCCAGGUUAUGGGGAUCAGGUGAAAAAGUAGAGUUAAAGUCAAAGAUCAACAAUGAUUUUGAAAAACGCAAGUUCACUCUAGAGGAUGUAUAGUUUAUUCCUUUUUCUAAUUCUUAGGUCCUUAUCUGGUCACUGCUUUAGCACAAUAUAUUGAAACGAUUCUUAUUCUUGAAUACAGAAUGUCUCUCCAAUAUGGACUUUUUAAUCAGAAAAAAGCUAUAAUUUGGCAGGUCCUAUUAUUGUGCAAUUUGACCCCUCCACUGUAAAUUUAUGGAGAAGGUUUAGUGCCUCAAGCUAUAUAGAUGCAUCUAUUGCUGAAAAUGUGUUGCUGGAAAAGCGCAGCAGGUCAGGCAGCAUCCAAGAAGCAGGAGAAUUGACGUUUCGGGCAUGAGCCCUUCUUCAGGAAGGAUGCAUGUAUUGUCAAUACCAUUUUUGUUCAUUUAAAGCUGAAUUACAAAUUACAUCACCAAAACCAAUCAUCUUUCUGCUAUUGAUUAGACAUUGAUCCAGAUCAUAAUGUUAUGCAGAUCUUUUAUUAUGCAAAUGUUUUACAUUGUUAUAAACUCUACUAUAGUAAUACUGUCUUUACUUCGUAAUUUAAUUGAAGAAGCAACUAAAUGAAUACUUUUUUGGUAACUUUGAUCUAGACAUGUUCUACCUGUUCUUUCUUCCUGGAGAGGAGACAGAAUGAUCUCCCUCAGUCUAUUUCAACAGCACAUCUCAAAUCUGCUAUUUUAUCUAAGUAAGCACAAAAAGUCUGAUUGUAAAUUUUGAAUAACAGAUAUCAUGAACUUUUAAGGUUUAUCUUUCAAGUCUGGUAUGACUUUAUAAGAGCAUGAGCGGUUUGCUGUGACGAGUGCAUUAUUAAAACUUGGAUUGGUUGUAAUGGAGUAGAUGUUUAUCACUAACUUUUACCAUUAACAUUUUGUAUGUUUAUUAAUAGUUGUCAUAAUUAAGUGUGCAAAUGUUGUCUUUGGAUUGAGCCAGUUACCUUGUUUUUUUUUCACUAUUUGAAACAGGUAAUGAGAAUUCUGGGUAGUAUUGAACCUAAUUGUAACCUACCAAAUCUUAAGUGUUUAAAUCAGAAAUUAAAAAAAACAAUUUUAACAAUGUUCUCCAGAUUUGGAUGUUACUACCAACGCCAGUACUUAUUGUCAACACCUCUUUGCCAUAGGUCACUUC